UCUGAAGCUUUUUCAUUUUUAAUCGUAAAAGUUUUAUCUAAGAAGCAUGCUGAAAUAGGAAUUAAGUACUGAAGAGCUUGUGAGAAUUAACUGCUGUUUGAAAUCAUUGGCCAGUGCAUUCUGGGAGUAAUCAGUGGAAUCAGAAAACACAAGAUGAAAAUAAAUAAUGAAGCACAAAUGAUACUGAACGUUUAGUGUCGCUUGAUUUUUAUCUGAAAUUUCGUGUAACAUUAACCAUACAAUAUCCGCUGCAAAAUUAAUUACAAUUACCAUAGUGCAUCGUUAACAGUGUUUACAGUUAAAUAAACGUACAUCCAACGAUAAAGAAGUAUUUGAAGUAUUGUACAAAAGAUUCUGAACUAAAUUAUAUUAUUACAAAAAUUAACAUGUACGGUUAAUCAAAUAGUAUCAUAGCCAAAAAUCUAUAAAAAGUACAUAUUAACCUUUCUUUAAUGUUGUGUAAAAGAUAUUAUAACCUAAUACAGGUUUGAACGAUUCACUGUUAAUAUUGUGCAGUGUUAAUUAAAUAACUAGUUUUGUAAUGAAACUUAUGACAUGUUCUUUAAAAACGAACAAAACGGUGUGAUUGAAAACGCGACAACAAAAGUUGAUUGUAUCAAAUAAACUCACGUGAAAGUAUAUUUUAGUGUAUCACCAUGACGCGUAAGUGUGUAAUGUGUAAGGAAACGAAUUAUAGAAAUAGUUAUAGCUUUUUCUCAGCGCCUAAAGAUCCAGAAACACGACAGAAAUGGCAGGAUGCAAUUGGAAUUGAAAAUUAUGCUGUCACGGAUGAUACAUAUGUUUGCAGCAAACAUUUUCACAAGGAUGAUAUAAUUACACAUUGGGCCAGUGGAGUGCCACCUUAUGUUAUAACAAUUAAAUACAAAAAAUGUAGAUUACGGCCAGGAGCAGUACCUGGUAGAAAUUAUCAUGAAGAAAACGAGGAAAUAACUCAAGAACAUUCUGAUGACUCGGAUGGAAAUUAUUCACCAUUCAAAUUAAGAAAAACAGAUGCCUUGGAAGAAAAAGAAAAAGAUUUUGUCAUACCUAGGGCUGAAGAAAAGUUAGAAAUAAACUGUUAUGAAAAGCAUAGAAUUAUACCUUUACAUUAUAAAUAUACCAGAGAAUUUCAUGAUCAUAACUACAUGCCGAAUGUAAAAUCAUUAGUUAAAGAAGAAACGUUAGAAAAUAUGUCACAUACAAAUAAUGGACUCCAUAAAGAAUCUGUGGAAAAGAAUUUUAAACAAAUAAAGAGAAAUAAAACUGUACACCUUAACGAAGACGCUGGAACAUUUGUUAUGGAUGUGAAGACUGAGCCAAGUUUCAAUGAUGAGGAAAAAAGUCAACAUCAAACACCUAAAGAAGAUUCUCAUUUAAAUUCAUCUAAAAAAGCAUUAGAAUCUUCCUCGAAAGUUUCAAAUACUUCGGAAGAAGGUGAUAUGCUGGUACAAUUUUGGGAGCAUAAAAUAAUAGAGGAAGAGCCGCUAGAUAAUAAUUUUAAAGAAAAAGAAAAUUUAUCCAUAGAAAAUCAAAUGAGUAAUAAUUAUAAUCAAUCAGAUGCAUGCUGUACUACAUAUAAUGAUAAUGAAGAAAAUGAAAUGUUAUUUGAAGAUUUACUCGAAAUCUGUACAGAAGUACUGUUACCGCGUGGUUGGUCCUGUUUAGUAACGUCAACAGGCCAUGCCACAACAAUAGUAUAUAUGUAUAUGGGAAUGACAAAAAGUGGUAUGCCUUUUACGGAGAAACAAGUGUUUAUAAAGAGUGACAUGACAUUACGUUGCGUUGCUGUAAAUAGAGAAAUUAAUCCUCUUACUCAUAAUCUUAUAAGAGAGGGAAAACACUUAAGGGUACAAAAUUUAUUGGACAUAGAAGAGCUUAUUGACGACUUUGAUCAAAGAAUGAUUUGCCAAGGUAUAUACAAUACUGAAGAUUUGCAAGAAGUUACUGACAUCAAAGUAGUUUACAAAGAUGGAGUAAAAUGGAGACACAUAUUAUGUCCAUUAAUAAUGAAUAACGGUUCAUUACGAUGUACGAGAUGUAUUACUUUAUCUCAUAGAUUACAACGCAGAUCCAAAAUUCGACAUCCCCUUUCCUAUAAUCUUUCUACAUUUACAAAGAACGAACAAAGAUUACACGUGAUCAGACAAAAGUACAAACGUACGAAAAAACAGGUUCGCAAAUAUGAAUUUAUAAAAGAAUCCAAGAAAUAAAUAAUUUGAAAUAUAUCCUGGAUGAAAUUCGAUCCUUAAUAACAUUUUUUUUGCGCACUAUCUAUAAAUAGGAUAAAUUAUUUUCAAGAUAAAUGGAUUGUUUUAGCGAAAGAAUAAAAAUGAAGAUUGUAUAUCAAACAAAUUUUUUAAUUAGAAUUAUUUAAAUCUAUUUAAUUUAUAUCUUCAUUCGAAUUACUCAUAUACAAAAGUGUUCUAUUGUAGGACAUAGAAAAACAAUUAUUAUUAAAAAAUUACGUAUUCUAUCGAUACUUUCGAAAGUUUCUAUUUUUAAAUAUUAUUUUUUCUUUUUUCAAUUCCUUCAUCGUACUCGGUG